CCUCGGUAUGUGGCGCUUCCCGUUCGCUUGCAGUCUACACGUUGCAAAGAGGAGCAGGCUCUCUGGACCUUGGAGCAGGCCUGCCGCCUUCAUGUCCACGCUGCUGAUCAAUCAGCCCCAGUAUGCUUGGCUCAAGGAGCUGGGGCUCCGCGAGGAAAACGAAGGCGUGUACAACGGAAGCUGGGGAGGCCGGGGAGAGGUGAUUACAACCUAUUGUCCUGCUAACAAUGAACCAAUAGCAAGAGUUCGACAGGCCAGUGUAGCUGACUACGAAGAAACUGUAAAGAAAGCAAGAGAAGCAUGGAAAAUCUGGGCAGAUAUUCCUGCUCCAAAGCGAGGAGAAAUAGUAAGGCAGAUUGGUGAUGCCUUGCGGGAGAAGAUCCAGAUGCUAGGAAGCUUGGUGUCUUUGGAGAUGGGGAAAAUCUUAGUUGAAGGUAUAGGAGAAGUUCAAGAGUACGUGGAUAUUUGCGAUUAUGCUGUUGGCUUAUCAAGAAUGAUUGGGGGACCUAUCUUGCCUUCUGAAAGACCUGGCCAUGCCCUCAUUGAACAGUGGAAUCCUGUAGGCCUGGUUGGAAUCAUCACUGCGUUCAACUUCCCUGUGGCGGUGUACGGCUGGAACAAUGCCAUCGCGAUGAUCUGUGGGAAUGUCUGCCUUUGGAAAGGCGCUCCAACGACUUCCCUCAUUAGUGUAGCUGUUACAAAGAUAAUAGCCAAAGUUCUGGAGGAUAACAAACUACCUGGUGCAAUUUGUUCCAUGACUUGUGGUGGAGCGGAUAUUGGCACAGCGAUGGCCAGAGAUGAGCAUGUGAAUCUGCUGUCUUUCACUGGGAGCACUCAGGUGGGAAAACAGGUGGCCCUUAUGGUUCAGGAGAGGUUUGGGAGAAGUUUGUUAGAACUUGGAGGAAACAAUGCCAUUAUUGCUUUUGAAGAUGCAGACCUCAGUUUAGUCGUUCCAUCAGCUCUCUUUGCGGCCGUGGGGACAGCUGGUCAGAGGUGUACGACUGCGAGGCGGCUGUUUUUACAUGAAAGCAUCCAUGAUGAAGUUGUAAAUAAGCUUAAAAAGGCGUAUGCGCAGAUUCGUGUGGGGAACCCAUGGGACUCUAAUGUUCUCUAUGGACCAUUACACACGAAACAGGCAGUGAGCUUAUUCCUGGCGGCAAUGGGUGAAGCCAAGAAACAAGGGGGCACAGUGAUCUGUGGAGGCACGGCCAUGGACCGCCCAGGGAACUAUGUAGAACCGACCAUCGUGACAGGCCUCGCCCAUGAUGCCGCCAUUGCGCAUACAGAGACUUUUGCUCCAAUUCUUUAUGUCUUUAAAUUCAAGGAUGAAGAACAGGUCUUUGCCUGGAAUAAUGAAGUGAAACAGGGACUUUCAAGCAGCAUUUUUACCAAGGAUUUGGGAAGAAUCUUCCGAUGGCUUGGUCCUAAAGGAUCAGACUGCGGCAUUGUAAACGUCAAUAUUCCAACAAGUGGGGCCGAGAUUGGAGGUGCAUUUGGCGGGGAAAAGCACACUGGUGGUGGCAGGGAGUCCGGAAGUGACGCCUGGAAACAGUACAUGAGGAGAUCAACUUGCACCAUCAACUACAGUAAGGAUCUUCCUCUGGCUCAAGGCAUCAAGUUCCAGUAA